GUCAUUUUUCAGUUUUGUAAAUAAUUUUCAAAAGCACAAGGAUGCGCAUCGCACUGUUGCUGUUGGCCCUCGGCUUUGCUGUAGUGGCAGGUGUCCCCAGGAACCCUCAAAGGAUUGUUGGUGGAUCGACAACUACUAUUUCACGUUAUCCCUUCGGUGCCGCCUUGCUGUACUCAUGGGGUGGAUCAAACUUCAGACAAGCGUGCGGUGGAACUAUCUUGAACAACAGAUCUAUAUUGUCUGCUGCUCACUGUUUCUUCCGCGACUCAGCUAACAUGUGGCGCAUUCGUGUUGGAUCCACUAACGCCAACAGCGGCGGCAACGUUCACAACACUAACAGAAUCAUCAUGCACCCCAACUACAACUCUCGCACUCAGGACAACGACAUUGCUCUUCUGCGAGCUUCUUCCACCUGGGGUUUCAACAACAAUGUGCGCGCUGGGAGUAUUGCCGGAUCCAACUACAACCUUGCUGACAACCAAGUAGUUUGGGCUAUCGGAUGGGGCGCCACUUCUUACAAAGGACCAGGCUCAGAGCAGUUGCGCCACGUGCAAGUAUGGACUAUCAACCAGAACACAUGCAGAAAUAAUUACGCUUCAAGAGGCUUGAGUGUUACUAACAACAUGUUGUGCUCCGGAUGGCUCGGUGUCGGCGGUCGCGACCAGUGCCAAGGCGACUCUGGCGGUCCUCUCAUCCACAACAAUGUUGUUGUCGGUGUAUGCUCCUGGGGACACGAGUGCGCUCUUGCUAACUUCCCUGGUGUUAAUGCUCGUGUCUCCCGUUACACUUCUUGGAUCCAGUCUAAUGCUUAAUUUAUUUAAAUAAACGAACUUGAAACAUUAAAAAA